GUGAAAAGCGAAAGUUGGAUAUCGCGUCGCCGCCGCAAACGAUCCCCGAAAGGAGUCACCCUCGUCGCCGAUGCUGGACAGAGUGUCUCCAGCUGUAGUCCUGCUGCUGCUGCUGCCGCCCCCUCGUCACUGUUUGCCGCCCUUCGCCGGGCACGAUCUCGAUCUCGGUCUUCGUCGGCCGCAGCACAGUGCGCCGAGGACGAUCUCCUCCGUCAGCAGUAUCAACCGCCGCCUCCGUCGUCGAGGCUACCUCGAAGCUCGAAAAUUCUAUGCGGUAACCGAGUGAGCCAAAUGACCCGCGCGUACGAUGACAUCGAUGCCGUAACGCGCCUGCUGGAAGAGAAGGAAAAGGACCUGGAGCUGACGGUGCAGAUCGGUAAGGAGCUGCUGGCGCAGAACACACAUCUGGAGAAUCGGGUCACCGAGCUGCAGCAGGAGCUGCAAAGCACGAACGAAAACCUGGCCCAACUGUCGCACGAACUGCACCAGAAGAACGAGCUGAUCGGCAUCCUGACGAACGAUGCGGACGAUACCAGCGAAAAUGUUACUCCUACGGCAUCGAAAUCCAUCAACCUGGAGUUGCUCCAGCGCAAGGUGAAGCAAUUGGAGGACGAAAACAAAUCGCUACGCGUCGAAGCGGCCCAACUCGUACAGGAAACGGACGAAUGCGAGGAGCAGGAGCGCAAGCUGAUGGCCGACAUCGCGAACCAGCUCACCACGGCCAACAGUGAGUUCGACGGAUUGAAUUUGGAGCUCGAACGGUUGAAGGAGGAAAACCGGCUACAGCAUGAGCAAAUCAUCAGCCUCACCGGACGGCUGGCGGAGGCCGAGAUACGGCUCCAUCAGGUGACGUCCGAGAACGAGGAAGCCUCCUCGCUGCUAUGCAUCACCAAAGAGAACCAAAACCUGCUGGCCGGCGAGUUGGCCGAGUUCAAGCUGCGCUACCAGGAGGUGCUCAGUUUGCUGCAGGAAACGCAGGAGCAGCUGCGUCGCCAGCGGAAGCGCUCGCAGCCGAUGGCGAGAAGCUCGCUUAUUCCGGGCAUCACCAUGCCAGCCGCUCCGGAUUCGCUGCAGUGCGAGUUGAUGGAAAGUUCGCUCUACUCGGAGCACAGCCUCGACUCGGGCAUCGAGUCCGUGCGGGGAGGUGUGCUGGGUGGCUCAUCACAGGCGGUGCCCCCGUACCGGAAGGUAUUCGAAACCGUGCGUUCCGCAAGUCGAGCCAACUCGAACGGUUUCAGCGACAGUUUCAGUUCCACGCUCGGUGCGAUGACGAUGAGCUCUUCCGCUCAGCCACGGAUGGCACCGUACGUUUACCCGGGUCUCGGAGGAACGGUCACCGCAUCGGGGGUCGCCGCGGCCGCCGCGCACACAACUGCAACACACUCGUACAAGAGCGGUCUGUCGCUCUACAGCACAAUGUACGGUGGAGGGGCAGGCAGCUCCCUAGGUGGUCGUUCCUAUUCGCGCGAAAGUCUCGCCACCGACUCGGACGACGGUUAUCCGGGUCCGGCCCAAGCAGGCGUCCCCGGUGCUCCUGGUGCAAAGGAUCUGGAGGCGGCCCUUAAGCGCCUAACGCCGGCGGAGGUGUUGGCGCGCCGGGCGAUGCUGCAGCACGCCCCACUCGGUACCUACAGCUACGAUGAGCAACCUUCCGGCAUGCCGCUCGGGUGCCGCACCCCGGACAGUAUUAUGUCGACCGGCUCUUCGGGACUGUCGGGUCUGUCCUCCACCCAGUGGCGGUUGCCCGAGAAGCUGCAAAUCGUGAAACCGAUCGAAGGCUCCCAAACGCUGCACCAUUGGUCACGGUUGGCCACACCGACCCUGAGCGGGUUGCUGGAAGAGCGCCCCGGUGUGACGAUACGCGGUGGCCGUGGGCUUGACGAGCUUGGCCUCCAAACGUACUCUCUGUCGGAUGUGGAAGAGGACGCCGAGGAGCAACCAGGCAAGCGGUUCCAGUCCUUCGGUUGCACGUACACUUACACCAACAGCACGGUUUUGCACCCGGACGAUGGCACGACGGCUGUCACGUUCAGCUUGCCACCGUCACAAAUGUCCUCCCAGAUGGCGUCCGAGUGUCCUUCGCGGCAACCGACGGCUCCCUCGACACCGCGGUCGAGCCUUUCGCGUCGCAACUCGUGCUCGACGUUUAGCGUUAACCUCGGGCUGGCAUCGAUGCUGAAUGAGCGUGGCAUCAAGGCCGUCACUCCCAGUGCGCUUAACACCCCGGCCGGGCCCAACUUUUCGCCCACCGUCACACCCUGUAACAGUCCCGAUGGUUCACCAACGCGCCAAAUGUCCCCCGAGCCUCCGCUCCUGUCGGGACUGCUAGCAUCCGGGGCCGACAUCCUUCGCAAGCGAUUCGCCGCUACAAACGAAGGGGCUGGAGAAGGUUCAAGCAGCACCAUCGGUACCGGCGUGAGCGCUGUCAGUGAGCGGCCCUCGAGGAUAAUUUCCCGCAACAAGGUGGCCCUCUCGCGGCUCGAAAAGAAAGCACUUCGGUCGAUCAAGAUCAUGGAGAAGGUGGAGAGCAUCGGACUGGAGAACAUCAUGUUACCUGCGCAUCCCCAUGGGCCCGGCAUUAGCCCUCUGGCACUGCACGGCUCAUCGGCCCUCUACACGUCGACUGGACGUGGCCGUAGUCCGAUGGCCCAGCUGACAAGUCUGAAACACCUCCAGGAUCAACGUCGUAAACAGCAGCAGCAACAACAACCACAAGACGAGCUGACGAUCGACAAGGAAACGAUCAAAGCCGUGCUGAGCAAGGGUCUGUCUCACGACAGUCUCAAGAGCAUGGCCAGCAGUGGUAUUAGCAGCAGUGGGGCUCUGUCUUCUUCCUCCUCCGGUUACUCUGACUCUGAUACUUCCUCCGUCGCCAGCGACCUGUCCGAUCACCACCAUGGUCGGGUAGCGAAAGAGCCACCGACGGAAAGUGCAUCCGGUGCGCCCACUUCUUCACCGACAACGGCUGCACGACUGAAGCAAAUGCAGCGCCAGAAAUCGCGCCGCAGUUUGCUGAACGGAGCCAACGGGGGCUCCCAGCGGCCCGACCUCGGCACCGUCAACGGCAGCAAUCGGACAUCCGGUGUUCGGCCCGAUCUUGGCACGGUAGCAAGUGGAAAGACGGCCUCCAGCAACAAGACUGCUGGCGCGGCGGGAAGUGGUAAGAGCCUAGGUGCCCUAGGUAAGGAGCAUCGCCGAUCGGAGCACCCACACCACCAACAACCUUUGCAGCCUCCACAGGCGAAGGAAGAAGCAAGUCGUUCGCUCGGACAAAGUGUUUACGGCACCAUCAGCUCGUUACUGUUCGGUCGGAAGGGAGGACUGCUUUAAGUGCAACUAUGUAGUGUAACACUGAGAUGGUGCUUGGCCAAGACUAGAGCAGAGCGAGAGGUGAACAUACUCUGCAAUAUCCUGUUUUUGGGGGUGGGAAGAUCUAAAGCUAGUAUUCAAUAUCAAGGACGCCUUUUAGAGGGGUCUCUUUCGUCGUUUACAUUAGGUUUUUACUACUUUAGGCUUGCGCCUUUGCCCUAGACUGUCGGGGACAAGAAAGUCAUGUUUCCUUUCGUUUCUUCCUUAUCAUUUUCUUUAAUUGAGUGAUUUUCUUUUCUCACUCAGUCUGAACUGUACUUACUUCUGAUCGUCACAAUCGUCUGUGAAAAAUUUCACACCUGAACGAUUCAUCUUUUUAUUGAAAUCUACGCCUUGCACCGUGUUAUGGCACCGUGACUUCGGUGUGAAACAGUCGUAAACAAACUCGAUUCAACUCGUUUAUCUUUAAAUCGCUUUCGCCGCGUAAUAAAUCUCUGCGAUUGUGAAAAAAAACUGCCAAUGAUAGGCUUAAACGCGUCAGUAUUUCGUGAAAGCGACGCUCAUUGUCGGUCGUCUUUGAGUAGAAUAUUUCAAACAUUCCAGUGAGAUCGGAGUUUGUUCGCUAUGUCCGAGGACCAUACUUUGUCUCACUGCCUUCCGUUAUUAGUGGUUAGAUACGCCUGGUUUGACACAAACUUUCCCGCAAUCUAGUUCUUCAUUUAAACUUCCACAUUAGUCAUAGUCGCUACGCAUGUUUAUCGAAUCGCUCGGGAGAUUUAGGGAAAAAACGAGAGCUCCAACUUCGCAAAACCCUUGCUUCUUCGAGUUCGAAUUUUGGCAAAUAUGAAUCGAGUGUUGUUGACUGUUUCACUCUGAAAUGGUGCCCUUCGGAGAAGGUUGAAGAUAUCCUUGCCUAUACGUGGAUCAUUGCAAUUCAUUAGGAAGGACCAACAUUUGACGUAAUUUCUAGUCGAACAAACAACGAAUAUGUAAUAAGACUUUGAAAAUGGUUCAUACUCAAAUCCCCGUUCUAGUGCUUCCAAACCCGGAAGAGUUCACAUAUUUCUUCAUUUUUGUUCCCAUUUCCAAAUGCGUUCGAAUUCAACUUCCAAAAAUAGGAUAAUGUUGUCCCGGUUCCGAUCCUUUCCGUUAUUCAUCAGGAAAGAUUCGUGCUAACCAUCGAUAGGACAGUAUUAUCCAGUAACAACAUCCAGCGGCUCCGAAAGCAGCUGAGAGCUCAUCAAUACCUUCCUGUCUUUCGAACACACUAUACGAUUGCUCCCUAGUGGUCUGCUUUCUAAUGCUGCACCUAUUUCUGAAAUGUAUCGUCGGUGCGAUAUAUCUUUUGCAAAACACUCUUCUUUCCGAGACACAAACACCAUGUCGUCGGCAGUUGACUCACGCUGUGGAAAUGGGUUAUUAAAAAUGGGAAAAUGCGAACAUUGAAGUGGAUAAGUUGAUAUUGUCGUAACAAUAUCGUGCCGAGCAAUAGUAUCUUACCGAACGAUGACUGGUUGCGGUAUUUUAGUCAUGUUUUCAUUAGACAGUCUUUUUUCUAUUAUAAAAUAAAUCCGGACGCUGAUCUUAGUUCUGCCGGAAAAACUAUCAACUAUACGCUUUAGCUUCGGUUAGACAACAUCUUUGUAGUGCGCUGAGUGACGGGCCGUAGAUAGAAGACAUUAUUUUUAGAAUGAGGGCUUAAAGUGCUGCCUCCCUUUAACAGUGAGAAACAUUUUGUAGAUUUUGUAGCUAUUGUUUCCUUACCCUUCUGCUAUUCUGCUCACUCUAUCCUUUACUUUCCACCAGCCUAUGAACAUCACAGACACGCACAACAAAAGUAGCGACGAAGGAGAACAAUUUGUAUUUGUUUAUGAAAGACUUUGUUUCGUUUUUCUUGGUGCUGUGAAAUAGAAAAGAGAGAACGUGGAAAUAAGAGCAAAAGCCAACAAGUGUUAGUAUUGCAGUAUUGCAGAAAAACCGUGAAAACAAAAAAUCAAAUUGUUAAUCCAACCGACGGAUAAGAUAGGCCUUGCGAGAGGAAUAAAGUAAAACGCGUCUGUUGUUGAAGAGAAAAUGUAUAUAGCGUUGAUUUUAAGAUCAGCGCGAAUGGGAUACGAUCGUUUGCAGAAGAAAGGUAAUAACUUGUGAGAGAAAGACACAAACGUAAAGGCAUAGGGGGCUCUAGGACAAGAUGUGCCGAUGUGUAGAUAAAUAAUUUAAACAGAGUUCAAGUUCACAACGGAAAGCGACAAACAGUUAUCUGUAAACACACAUGCAUACAUAAACACACAAGAGUUUGUUACGCCGAUAGGCUGUAACGAGAAAGUUAAGUAUUUAUUUUUAUAUAGAAGAAUGAAAUAAACGAAUAAAAUAAAGAAAACAAACGUACGUACGUUACACAAAUUGGUCGAAAAGGUGAAAGGCAAAGCAAAAAUGAACACGAGCAAGUAAGUCCUUAUUAUGAUGAUGCUAAUGGAAGAAUUACUACGUAGAGUACUUAUCGCUACAGUUUUACCACCAUUAACUACAUUUCGAAUUCAAUCCAGCAAGAGAGCUUUUAGUUGUUUCCCACUUACAAGACACUGAAACGAAUUUUAGUAUGCAAGCGGAUUUAGUAGACAGAACAGAAGCAUAAAGCAGCUUCUCUGAAUACAUUAAAACACCUCGUAAGAGACUCGUUUUGAAAUUAUCCGAUUUUUACUAAUUUUUGUUCCCAACAGAUGUCCAAGAUGCAAAUGAUAACGUUGAUAAAGUCAACUCACUUAAAAUCAUUAAACGAUUAUGGCGGCCGCUUGCGUGAUGGUGAAAACGGGUGCUUGGAACAUCGUAAACGCUGAGUGGAAUGCUCAGGAAUCUAUACGGUUUAUCAUGCCACUCAAUGAGGUA